CGACGCUCACAUGCAGAGCAAGCAUUUUGCACAGAAGACGGGAUACGGACAAGUCGGGCGACAGCGAACCAAGGCCAACUGAUCGGUAUUACUCGCAAGAGAACACCGGAAACCGCUGUGUAUCGAAGCCGACACAAGACACACCAAGCCAAACGUCUGUGAGGCGAAACGAUCUGCGCUCGAAGGAGUCCUGCUGCAUCCACUGGGCUUUCCGCAUCGUCUUGGCAAAAUCCAAGAGAGCACUCGUUCUGCUUUUGUCUGCGUGAAGCCGGUCGACAAGCCAUUGAGCGCUUCACUCGAUCGUUUGGCACAAUCGAGUGGGUAGCACAGUCUCAAGCUUCAGCGGAACAAGAUCGCCCAAGUGCAUCAAGUCCCCCUCAUGGCUAUCGCCGCAAGCCCCUUUCCGAAGCCGCCAGCUGUGAAGGGGAACUUCGGAGCAGACAGGGGAUUCGGGGCCUUUGUACCGUCGAAGGGCAUCAUGAUGUCCCAUCCAGCUGGACCACCUCGUCAGAUGGUGAACGCAGAGCCAGGACCCACGACCUCUAUAACAGCCUACUCAACCAAUCCUACCUCCUUGCCAGUCAGCAACGAGGAACGCAACACUGCCCGGAACAACAAAGCUCGCAACAAACUUGGCUAUCAUAGAUCAUCCGUGGCUUGCGGACACUGUCGCCGCAGGAAAAUCCGUUGCAAAGUGGACAGCAAAAGCACUCACGGUCGAUGCGAGAGCUGCAUCAAACUGAAGAGGGAGUGUGAGUUCCAGCCUGUUGACCUACAGCCAGACCCGGCAGGUUGCGGAAGCAAUGGUGUGCAACAGUCGAAGCCAAAGAACCGGAUCAUCGCAUCCUCGAGGAUCAGGUCAACAUCGUCCUCACCAGCGGUCAAACACGAACUCCCGGCACCUGUCAGCUAUGGCUCCUACCCUGGCGCACCCGCAGUAGCCUCAUGCCCAAACAUGGGACCACCAGCAAUGGGGCAGUACGAGUCAAGUGCCAUCUUGACGGAUCGCUCAGGGCCACAAGACGUGAGCGGGACGAGACAUCCACUAGGAUACGGUAGCUGGCCAGGCUCAGAAAAUCUUAGUCCCAAGCAUGGGAGCGGCUCAGGCUUCCAGAUGGGUCCUUGGAAGCCAAGCUCGGAAGAGGCUCCGAGCCUUACUGGGUUCCAUGGCUUCUCACCACAAACACAUCAUCACCCAACCGAAUGGCCACAAUCCAUGGGAACCGUCACGUCAGGCGCUGGCAGCGUCCGGGUCGAAGAUGAAUGGGACCCCUCACUACAUUCCCCAGCGCGGACUAUGUCAUAUGAGAGCGAAGACAGCGCAGCGCCGCACUACGUCAUGCUUGGUGGACAUGACCCGCAUCGAGGUUCCUUCGACCGUCGCUCUUCCAUGGGCCCAGACAUGUACGCUCCUUCCAUAGUCUCGAGCUCCAUGGCAUCGCCCGUCGAAGCGCAUCACGCGCAAGUGGGCAUGGGACCUGCACCAAGGCCUCAAGGAAUGACCGGCCCGGCCUACCCCUGGCUGGAGCAACAGCCAUAUCCGUACGCCAGCAAGCCGGCACCAGAGUAUGGUCCGACAUGGUUCGUCAACCACAACAAUAACAACAGUCCGUACCAUCAGCCAGCGGUAGUGAAGCAGCAUCUUGAACACGGACACCAUGUGAGCCACGCUAUGGGGGAAGCUCACUACUAUGAGGGUUCCAAGAGAGUCUGAUUCGGCAAGGAGAAGCCGAGCUGGUGUGCCGAUUGGUGCGGCAGGCAGGCGUGGUGCUGACUGGUCCGCGUCUCGCAAAGGCCCAGGAUGCAUGGAGUUAUUGGGAUAAUUUUUCAUUUUCUUCGUUACUGUCUUUUUUGGUGGAUAUUUAUUUUUGCGACAGCAGAUGAUGGCGGAGGCAACAGUCCUUGAGCAUUAGCGCCAUCGUUCAGAGGUGGAUAUGUUGUAAUUUUCGCGGGAGGGCCUCAUUUUUCUUUGGGCGGCGGCAAGAGAGUAGAUACACAGCAUAGAGCAGCACAAGGGCACGAAAAACGAUAUAUGUGAAGCUCCAAAUCGCUUUGGCCUCAUGGAGGAU